CGUUAAAUUCGCAUUCGACGUUUGGGAAGCUGAAAUGGCAACUUUUUCCAUUUCUUUGUCCAGAAACGGCUUACCUCUUCAACGCCCUUCCGCCAUACUUCAAAAAUCUAGCAAACAGAGAUUCCAGUCGCCUAUCCUAAUCAAGUGCUCCAUUAGUGAGGACAGGUCUGGACUCCAGCAAAAUUUAUCUCCAUUAUUGGAACUUAAGAAUGUAGCUUGUGGCUUGUUUGCUGUUUGGGCUGUAACUACUGCCUCACCUGUUAUUGCUGCCAGCCAGCGGUUGCCUCCAUUGUCAACAGAACCAAAUCGCUGUGAGCGUGCAUUUGUUGGGAACACUAUUGGUCAAGCAAAUGGUGUUUAUGACAAGCCAAUUGAUCUCCGCUUCUGUGAUUACACAAAUGACAAAUCAAACCUGAAGGGGAAGUCACUUGCAGCUGCCCUCAUGUCAGAUGCCAAGUUUGAUGGUGCAGAUAUGUCAGAAGUGGUCAUGUCCAAAGCUUAUGCUGUUGGUGCAAGUUUUAAAGGUGUAGACUUCUCUAAUGCAGUUCUGGACCGGGUGAACUUUGGAAAAGCAAAUUUACAAGGAGCUGUUUUUAAGAACACUGUAUUGUCAGGUUCCACCUUUAAUGAAGCUCAACUAGAAGAUGCAGUGUUUGAAGACACUAUAAUUGGCUACAUUGAUCUUCAGAAACUAUGUGGUAAUACAACCAUUAGCGCUGAAGGAAGAAUUGAGUUGGGAUGUCGGUAACCGGUGUUUUAAUUUUCUGUUUCUUCCUUUUUAUCUUUUGCUUACCUCGUCCAUACCAAGGUCAUCAAUGAUCAAUGCUGGGUCUCUGGGCUGCCAUGUAUCCAUUUAAUACUGCAGGUUCCUUGCUUGGUUUUGUUGAUUAGUUUACAAAACAUAGAGGGAAUCGAUCAUGUAAUGUUAAGGCAAGCGGCAGCUUUUCUUUUAUUUUUAUGUACAUUUUGAAGAUAUAAUUUGGUUGUCCAUCUGUUUAACUUUUACAAGGAACGUGAUUUUUAUUUUUUA